AUGUAUAAGUACCAGUCCGUGAAGAAACUGCAGAACCAUUUGUUGAUGAUAAAGUUCAACAAGAUACUUUUCCAGCCGGGUGAAUUGGUCAUAGACAAUGUUUUGCACUGUGGACAGGCCUUUAGAUGGGUUUUUCACGAAGAUUUGAGACAGUACUCAGCGAGUCUUAACGUUGGGGGAAAAUACAGAAUAGUGGUGGUGAAACAGGGUAAAGACAAUUGCAUAGAGUAUGGAACCUUGGACACGAUAGAAGAAGAUGUCUUGCGUUCGUUUGUUGAAAGUUAUUUCCGAUUGGAAGUACCACUUUUAGAUUUAUUCGCUAAAGACUGGGCAUUAAGAGACUCAAGAUUGAAAUCGAAAGCACCACUUGGAGUGCGGAUCUUGGCCCAGGAUCCCUGGGAAACGCUUGUUUCGUUUAUAUGUUCGAGCAACAAUAAUAUUUCUCGGAUUACGAAAAUGUGUCAUGCAUUAAGUUCGAACUACGGUGACAAAUUGGGUGUCUACAAUGGAGUCGAACAUUGCUCGUUUCCUUCGAGCGCACAACUUCUGGAACGAGCGUCAGAAUCUGAAUUGCGGACUUUGGGGUUUGGGUAUCGGGCCAAAUAUAUCAUGGGAACAGCUCAGAAAAUGCAGGAACUUGCGAAAGGCAUGCUGUCGGACACACCGCUUCUGGAAAACUGGAAAAAAACCUUGAACUAUGAGCAGAUCAGAGAAAAUUUUAUGGGGUUUCCUGGUGUUGGCCCCAAGGUUGCAGACUGCGUUUGCCUAUCUGGAAUGCGCUUAGACCAUGUGGUACCCGUAGAUGUGCAUAUCGCUCGCAUAGCACAACGGGACUACCGGUUUGUCUCUAGGAAAAGAGAUUUAUUCCAGUUGCAAGAUAUGUACAAAGAUAUGCCCAUUACACGGAGAAAAAUCAAUUACGAGUUGGAUUCUAUCCGCAUCAUGUUCAAGGAAUUAUGGGGAGACUAUGCCGGCUGGAUUCAAGGCAUCGUGUUUGCCCAGGAAAUAGGCAAAACGCUUGGCGCUACCCAAGAAGGGACUAUAAGCAAGAGAAAACUCGAGAUAGAGGUGAAAGUAGAGGAAAAAGUUGGGACGGAGGUUGUGGCAAUGGAAAUUAAAAGGAGGAUCACGGAGAGUGUUCAAAGUUGA